CCUCCGACCAUCUCCUCAUUCCUCGCUCGCGCUCCGCACGCAACGCACGUGUCGCGUCCUCUUGUUUACCAGUGCUCGUGUUCAGUGACUCUCACGAUGAAAGCGAUAACAGCAGUGUGCGCGACCGGUGCCUCGGUGCCCGCCAUCGCCAGCGGCCGUGUUCACAGGCACCGUGAAGGCGAAAACGCAGAAAUCCAGAUGUACCUAUCCAAACUUCAGGAUUUGGUGCCGUUUAUGCCGAAGAACAGGAAGAUUUCCAAAUUGGAGGUGAUACAGCAUGUGAUCGACUACAUCUGCGAUCUUCAGUCGGCGCUAGAGAACCACCCUGCCAUGGAUCAGUUCGACGCGGAGGGCGCGCUGGCCUCGCCGCCCUGCGCCACCACGCCGCAGCCGCGCCCUCACAGGCGCCCGCUGGGCCCACGCUCUGCGCCCAACACAAUCCUCCGCAAAACACCUUCAAGCCAAGAACACAGAAAUCAAGCGACGCCCGAAAAGCAAAACCAGCUAGACAGGCCGUCGUGUUAAAUGACGUCUUUAGGUUUAAGAGGACUUUAUUUAUGGUGUAAUAUAAGAGAAGCCUCAAUCCGCGUCAGUAGCGGUUGGAGGUGGGCAGUGGGGGCGGCUGUGGAAGAUGCUGCCAUCAUCAGUUCCAGUGAAGAUCAUCUCGCGAUGAUGUCCUAAGUACGAUCUCGUUAUGAUCAAUAACUACUAACUACUUAUACUUGUUUCGUGGCAUUACGGCAAAGACUGUACUGCAAUGCAAUGACCCGCUCAGGCGGACUGUUAUUAUGUUAUACUUUAUGUAAAAAGCUUUACUAGUUAUUACUCAGAUGAUUGUAAAUUUGAAAGUUUGUAAAUAGGUAUGUUGAGUGAUAUGCGAAGAUCAAAACAUCCUAUAACCUCAGGUCUCUUAAAAAUAUAUUUGAGUUUAUCUAAUUAGGCAUUCAAAAAGUAUUUAAGUUCUAUCCAAUUACAUUCUUAGUUUAAAAACGAUGCUUCCAAUUUAUAUCAAAGAAAUAAACCAAUUUUAAGUUGGUUUAUCUAUUAUUUGUAUAAUUUUAUUAAUUUUAAGUUAUUUCUUCUCGUGUGAUUUUGCAUGGCAAUUUGUUGCUAUUAGAUUAUUGAAAAUAUUAUCAGAGUGCAAAUCGUGUAUACAUUCUAUUGCUAAUUUAUCAAACCGGUUUGCACAUAUACUUAAUGUAAAUAUUGUACGUAAUUGAGGAAAAUAAAUAUAUUAAAAAUAGUGAAAAAUUAUGAACUUGAGACCUUCUAUGAUUUUAUUUUGAUUAUAAGGUGGAAAUGCUUUAAUUAUCUUGUAUAAUUCUUAUUAGUUACGAUGUAUUAUAAUUUAAAUAGACUGUUAUAGUUUUAAUAAUGAAGAAAUGAGUUGGUAGCGGUCAAACAAAUGUGUUAUUAGCGGUACCCCUAGUAAUUAUUAUGAAAUUAAUUCCUUACAUGUCUUUAUUUCUAGAAAGAAUAACAGUUUCAGUCACAAAUUCUAUCAACCGCUUCACAAAUUUUCGUCCAUAUUUUGUUUUCAAUUUAGAUUAUUAAGAUAAAUUUUUGCACUGAUUUUCUCAAUAAGUACCGAUAAAUAAAUCAAAAAGAAAUAAAACAUGACUAUAAAAUA